AUGGGACUGGGUGCUCCUAAAAAACGUUUCAAGCUCUCCCACGACCCCAAUAAUACGGCCUGGAGCCGGUCAGCUACGAAGUAUGGCCACAAGAUACUCCAAUCUCAUGGCUGGAUGCCCGGAGAACUACUCGGAGCCAGAGGUGCAUCCUACUCAGACCAGCGCUCUACGGCUAGUGCUUCCCAUAUAAGGAUUACGCUCAAGGACGACAACCUGGGUCUAGGUGCAAAGCAUGAAGCAGCCCUGGAUAGUAGUAAGACUACAGGCCUUGACGUCUUUCAAGACCUACUUGGACGCUUGAAUGGCAGGAACGUAACAGAUCUAAAAAAGGAUCGAAUACAUAGGUCAAACCUGAGGAGCUCCGCCUAUAUCGAUCAACGCUGGGGGAAUCUUCGUUUUGUCAGUGGAGGACUAUUGGUCGGAGCCGAAAUGAAGGACCGAGUGAAGGGUGGACAAGAUGCGCUCAGUAACUCUCAGCAAACGCCAAGUCACUACUUAGAUGAAGGAAGGCUGCCAGAAGCAAAUGAACCACAGGAGGUACUAUCAGAAAGCGCAAAGCGCAAGAGACAUAAGAAGCAGAAGACUUCAGGAGUCGAUCACGGUGUGCAGGAGACAAGCAAGGGAGUCAACUGGAGCGUAGUAGGGGCCCAAUCACCUUCCUUAAAACAAGAGCGGGAGUCUCAUACAUCGCUUAAGGACAUGUUCGAUGAAGUUCAGAUGGACAAGGUCCAGAGGCACGCAGAGAAGGCAAAACGCAAACCCAAACGGGCCAAAAGAGAUGCAAGGCACUCAUCAAAAGUGCGAGAGCAGUCGUCUAUCUUGCCAUCGCCAGACCUCAAUCAGCUUCCGGGCCCAAAUAUUGGAGAGGUUGCUGUAGCAUCAUAUCCCCUUUGCGAGGCCAAAGCCCCAACCAGAAUAUCACAAAGGCCCGGGGCUGGUAGACUUGCUGUACGCCACCGAUACAUCCAGCAUAAGAAGAUGUGCAUGAUGGAUGACAAAGCGUUGAACGAAAUAUUCAUGAUCAAAACUGGAUGA